AUGCUUUGUAAAUUCAUCGUCGCCGUGAUUGCCAUGGCCAGCACCGCGCUUGCUGGCUUUGAUAUCAGGACAGGACAGACUGAGUGGUGGUAUACCGACGACGCAGAGUCCACGUCCAUCGCCAACGCAAUGUCGAAAGCUAUCGGCAGCUAUGAAGCCGCCUUAUCAACCCAGUCUGAUGUGAGGAGCGCGCAGGGCGCCUUUUACACAUAUGCACGCACUCGCGAUGGUAUUCCAGAGAUCGCCACAGCGACAGGGACAGAUUAUACACGCUUUACUACACUUCCCGAUUGGUACACAGCCAUGCCACCAGAGGCUCUGAGUGUCUUCGAGAGCGUACGGAAAGAGGAGGACAAGAUCUGGUCGAGCGUUGUACCCAAGGCUGCACGAACAAGUGGUAGUCAGGGUGCGGCACCGCAAGCAACCGGUGUAGGCAUCUACGCCCAUGGUGCUAUUGCUGUUGUUGUAGGAGCUGUUGCUGCUGUAUUGUAA